AUGACUUCCGAAUUAACCACACGCCAUACUCAAAUUCGUUUCGAAGUACCUUCCGAAGCCUUUUCGCCAUCUGAAGGCGACACGGGAAACGAUCACGAUGAUGACCCCACUUCCUGCAGGAGCACCCUCACUACAAUCGACGUAGAACGACUCGGAGCACUGGAAGAUAAUUGGAAAGGCAUAGCUCCUCAGACACUCGCUGAGCUUUUCAACAGCGUCAAGUACUCUGAUAUCACCAUCCGUCUCGGUGAGACGGAAGUAGAUCUGCCGGCCCACCGCAUGGUAAUAGGACUUCAAAGUCCCUGGCUUGACGAGUUCAUCGCAAAAUAUCCAGCAGGUACUUCGGGGGUGCUGCACUGGCAGGGUGCCAGCGUACACUCGAUCUGGAGAAUAUUCCGUUACCUAUACCAAGGGGAUUAUUCUGAGGACACUGCCAUGGCACUUGAGGGGUUUGGUAAGCUUUCGAUCUCCAGCAAUUUGCAUGUCGUUGAUUGGAUUAAAACAGACGACGAGCCAGAUCUCUUGAAGCAUCCCAGAAUUUUCAUGCUUGCCGGCCAGCUUGAGAAAAAUGAGUUGAAAGCGCUGGCCCUCAAGCGAUUUCAGUCGCGACUGAAAGAAGACUGGCGAGUAGAGGAUCUGGUCGAUUGCAUUGAAGAAAUAUACGAAAACCAAAACGAACACUGUCCGCUGUUAAGACCAAUUGUUGUAGAAGCAGCGUUAGCAUACUUUUUACAGGGACUAGUCGCGACCGUCUUUAUAAAGAUUCUACAAGAAAUUGAAGAUUUCAGAACCGACUUGAUAGAUUUGUUAGCAUAA